CACGCGAGUUUUGAAGCUUUGCGGCCAUUGGUCGAGAAUAAGACUUCCGUAAAACGUCAAAGAGCACUCGACCUAUCGCCGUUAAGCAGGAAACGUGCUCUGCGGAUUGCUGAAGAUUCGUGGCGCUUCCCGAGUUGUGUGCGGAAAAUCCUGACUAUCUUACAUAAUGGAGGACGACAUGGCGAUUGUUUCGCCUCGGAGAAGGAAAAGGACGGGCAGCGACGUAGCACCGGAUCACGCCGGUAUAAAGUUAGAGAAAAACGACAUAAACAGUUCCGAGGCCUGCUUGGAUGAGCCCGCGACCCGCGUGCACGAAGUCGUGCGCUACGAAUCUUCCUCCUUGACAGCCAAACAUUACGAUCCCGCUACCGGCCAACCGGUCAGCUCUGGCUUACGUUCCUUGGAGGAGCUGCGGUCGUGGCAGCGAAGCGAAGCCAACCCAUUUGAUGUGGCCUCUGUACCCCCGGUUGAUCGGCAACCUCCUCUGGCGACCUGUGACCGCAGGACCCUUGUGUGCCAUGACAUGAUGGGCGGUUACCUAGAGGACAGGUUCAUUCAGGGCACGGAGGUCGAGAUGCCUUACGUUUUCUAUCAUUGGGAAUACAUCGACAUCUUCAACUACUUCAGCCACAACAUGGUUACCAUCCCCCCCGCAGCCUGGACCAACGCGGCGCACAAACAUGGCGUGGUUGUCCUUGGCACCUUCAUCACCGAGUGGAAGGACGGUGCUGAGACGUGCGAGGCGUUCUUGGCGGACGAGGAGUCUUACCGCUUGGUUGCCGACAAACUGGUCCAGAUCGCCUGUUACCAUGGCUUUGAUGGCUGGCUUGUCAACAUCGAGAACAAACUGAGCGAGACCGCCGUGAAGAACACGCCUCUUUUCUUGCGUUACCUCUCGGACCAGACGCACGAACGGAUCCCGGGCAGCCUGAUCUUGUGGUACGACAGCGUGCUGGAAGACGGGAAGUUGCAGUGGCAGAAUGAACUUAACGACAGCAACAGAGUGUUCUUUGAUGCCUGCGAUGGGUUUUUCACAAACUACAACUGGAAGGAAGAGAACCUGGAGUGGAUGAAGACCUACUCUGCGGCGAGGGGCCGUCUGGCCAACGUCUACGUGGGGGUGGAUGUCUUCGCGCGGAGCGAAGUAGUUGGGGGAGAGUUUGAGACCAACAAGUCCUUGGAGCUGAUCCGCAAGCACGGUCUGUCAGUGGCCAUCUUUGCUCCGGGUUGGGUGUAUGAGUGCCACGACAAAAGGGAUUUCCGCAACAACCAGGACAAGUUCUGGGCACUGAUUGCUGACUUUCUUUAUAUCCACCGGCCAUCCUGCUCACUGCCUUUCAUCUCGUCCUUCUGCCAAGGCUUUGGGAAUUGCUUUUAUUGGAAAGGCAAGGUGGAGGAAGCAAGGAGCUGGAUGAACCUGAGCACUCAGGAAGUCCAGCCACUCUACUUGUCCGAAACUUUGGAAGGAGGUGGUUGGGUUAAGACCCGAGGCUGCCCCCAGGACGCUUGGAAUGGAGGAUGCUCUCUGGUGGUUCACAGCCUGAUCCCUGUCACCCUGUCCAGGAUGUGUGCCAGGGUCUUCUCGGUCCACAUACCGCUGACCCCUAAGACAUUCCUCUCCUUCAUGUACAAGUCCUCGGAGGGAGUGGCCGUUUCCUUGCAGUUGCAUGUAAUGGAUACGGAGUCGUGCUCCAUCGGCAACGUCGACACUGUACAACCCUCAAGCCUUCUGCCGCAGCCUCUCCACGAGGACCACCAGCUGGUACAGCAGUUCACCCAGAAUUGCUCCCUGCAGGUUCUGAAUGGAUGGAACGUGAGGUGCUUCCUGCUGGAGCUCGGAGGCUGUGCCCUUCGAGACAUCUGCAUCAGCUUGUCCCCGCUGGUCCGGGAUCGUAAAGUUCCUUUCGAGUGCCGAAUCGGGGAAAUUAUGGUGCUGGAUGCUGAAAAGCUGCCAGGAGUUCCCGCAGCCGUAGAGAACGUGUGCUUGGACAAUGUGGCGUGGGAGCGGAAGGCUGGCGCUGGGCCUGAUGUCGCACGGGAGCUCUGUCUCAGUGCCACGUUGCGCUGGCGCUACCCGCACGGCCAGGCCCGCCACUUUCUGGUCCACCGGCACCGGCCGGACAUUCCGGACCGCACUCCCAUCCUUGUCGGCCGGUCCCACACCACCUUGUUCCGCGUGUGCGGUCUGACCGUGCCCGAGCCGCCUGGUGCCUUGGAGCUGCUGGUGGAGCCCGUGGGGAAGGAGGGCACGGUUGCGCCGCAGUCAGCCUGGGGCCGACUGGUCCUGAGCUACGCGAUGGAAGGGGCGACCUCGCGGGAAGGCGCCGACGAAUCCCUGCUUCCCGCCGUGGUCGAUUCACAGUGACAAAAGGCCUCCUUUUAGUCAGGUUAUUGCAACGUAAACGACCUUUACUUUUCUAACAACACUGAAUUGUUGAAAUCGUACCGCCCGUGUUAUAAACGCAGUCUUGAUGAGUUGCGACCGGUUUUUGCUCCUAUCGCUGCAGUACGACAGGCCGCCGCAAGGUGGCAUGUUUGUCCGCUCGCGCCCGAUCUGCUUCUGCCCCUGCGGGACUCACUCACUCGUGACUAAGUUAGAGGGGGUGGUACGCAAAGCUAUUGGAUUUUCUCUUUCCCCGGGUCCCUCCGGUUGUGUUUCACAAAUGGGAUUCCUCACAAGGCCGCGCUUCUCUCGCUCCCAGGGUUCUCUCCUGUAGUUCACCUGAAGCGCGCGACACAACUAAUUUUUCUCAUUUAGCUGCCCCCCCAUUGUCAGUGUGCUCAUAAAAUCAUGCGGUCAGCUCAUGUUGAAUACAAAGUGGCCGCAGAAACAAGGUUUUGACACGUUACGACACAUGCAGUGAAACACGUCACGGUCGAGGCGUCGCGCCCCUGUUGCUUUCGCAGUAUUUGAGUGGGACCCUGGUUUACACUGGAAACGCUGAUUCUUUGAGCAAUUAUCUCAAUACAAUAAAGCAGUGAAAGUCAUCGCAUCCCGACGUGUGCAGUCUCAUCUUCAACUCCCUACCUUAAGUAUUAUAAGUCUGCGCAUGUGUCCACCAGUUAGAAUUAAAAACAAAGGUGAUGCUUUAUUUUUUUCAACACUAAAAGCCUUACAUUGAUAACUUUUUGUUAUUGAAAUUAAAAACUCAUUGUCACAAACAGUAUAUAGUGCUUCCGACAUAAGUGAAGUUUGUUUGGAGGAGGUAGUGCAAUACCACGGCCAGCUCAGAAAGGAAUGCUUGUGCAAUUAUUAGAGGUGUUAUUAGAGCUGUUACUGCGCAAUCAAAACGUUCCAUUCACUAAUUUGUGCAGUAUUAAUGUGCAAAAUAUAAUGGACCGUAUCCUCAAGGCUUGAACAUGAUCCGCUAUUACUUACAAACACGCAGUGUUGCACCAAUAGCCUAGUGUCAAUAUACAGUACAUAUCGCCUAUACUGUAUGUUUCCUCGUGUGGCGCUCAGAUCUCACCAGAAAACGUUGAGACAAAGCAAAUAAAUAAAGAAAACCCCAGAGUGUCACUCGCAUACCGAUAUACCAGUCUUCCAUAAAUACUGCGAAUAUGAAAGCUCAGCAGCGCCUUGUUUAGCCAUGCUAAUGUGGAAUCGAUUCAGCGCGCGGCAGUCCACCCC